AUGGUAUUAGGUGUGUCCUUUGAAAAUUGCAUACCAAGGGUGACAAUAGGCACUUGGAAUGUUGCUGGAAGACUUCCAUCCGAGGAUCUCGAGAUUGACGAUAGGCUUUGCACCGAUGAUCCAGCAGAUAUUUACAUUAUCGGGUACGAGUCAAAUUUACGAGUUCUAGAUUUGAUGAAUCAAUGCCCUCCAAGUUUUGAUGUGCUGCAGAAGCUUCAUAAUGAACUCAGUUGUCGACAUGUAUUUGAUGGAUGGAAAGAAGGGGUAAUAAACUUUCCUCCCACCUACAAGUAUGAAAUCGACUCGGAUAGAUAUGCCGGUGAGAUCCUUAGAGAAGGGGAGGAGAAGAGGUGUGAUCGAAUACUCUGGUCAGGGAAAGGCAUAAAACAACUUAGAUACCAGCGAACAGAAUUAAGACUCUCCGAUCAUCAACCUGUCAGUUCAACUUUUUUGCUAGAAGUCGAAGUCUUGGACCGUCGGAAGUUGCAAAGGGCUCUCAAUGUUAGCGCUGCUGCUGUCCAUCCCGACAUUUUGUUUGAUGAAAACGAAGAAUUUGAACUUUAG